AUGAUCUCUCUCACCAAAGGUGCUUUCACAGUUGUUGAAAAGGAAGGUGUGAAAGUUGCAGAAGUUAAGAAGUCUGACGAUGUUGCACUGGAGUGCACACUGCAAGAUCUGACGGUUGAACAACCAGCAACCCUUGAAAAAGUGCUUGCAAAGUUAGAAAAGUAUGGUGGUUGUAUUGUCAAGAACUACCUACCUCUAGAAACAGUUGAUCGCAUCCUUGCAGAUGUAGAAGAAUACAUCGACCAAGACAAGGAUUUCGAAGGGACUUUCUUGCCUCGUCAAACUCGUACCGUCCCUGGUAUGUGUAAGAAGUCUGCGGUUACUACUGAGGAGUUUGUGUGCCACCCUUUGAACUUGGCAGUCAGUGAUGCCUUGUUGGGUAAAGAGAACUGUUUUUGGAUUGGAGAUGAGGUCGUCACUGGAUAUUCGGCGCCGCAACAUAACUCGUGCAUAACAUUCAAGAUUGGACCUGGAGCCCCAGAUCAAGUUUUGCACAGAGAUGAUAUGUUACAUCAUAACAUCAGGAAGCACAUGGAUGUUUACGAGUACGGAACAGAGACGGCUUUGGGCUCGGUAUUGGCGUUAUCAAAUACAUCGAAAGCGAACGGAGCCACUAGAUUUGUGCCAGGAUCACAUCUAUGGUCUCAUAUGAGAAAACCAACGGCUUCAGAAGCAGUAUACGCUGAGAUGUCAAAAGGUGAUUGUUUCUUUAUGUUGGCAUCAUGCUAUCAUGGAGGAUCUGCUAACACCACAGAGGACGAAUACAGAACCCAAGUCAUCCUUUUCAUGACUCAAGGGAUCUUAAGACAGGAGGAAAACAUCAUGGUUGGUACUCCAGUUGAGUACUUUAAGUCAUUAUCAGUGACUGCCUUGAAAACUUUGGGAUUGAGUCUGAGUUAUCCUUUCUUGGGGAUGGUAGAUGGUUAUGAUGGACUUCGCACGUUCAAGCCAGAACACUAUGAGAAGAGAAAGAAUGACGAUCCUUACACCUCUGUAUAUCCUGGUGUCCUUGUCUAG